AUGGCUAUAACACAAGAUGGGUUUACUCACUGGAGUUUAAUUGGCUCAAUGGCAAAAGAGGAGGACACUUUCAUGAGUUUCAGUGAUGGCCUCUCUCAGUCUGUGAUCUCAGCUGAAGUUGAAAUGACAGCAUAUGCUUUGCUAACGUAUACCCUUCUUGGAGAUGUGGCCUCUGCACUUCCAGUAGUAAAAUGGCUUUCCCAGCAGCGCAAUGCCCUAGGUGGAUUUUCAUCCACACAGGACACCUGUGUGGCCCUUCAGGCUCUGGCAGAAUAUGCAAUCCUCUCCUAUAUUGGUGGUAUGAACCUCACAAUAUCAUUGGCAUCAACCAACUUGGACUAUCAGGAGACCUUUGAACUGCACAGGUUGAACAAGAAGAUCCUACAGAAAGCUGUGAUCCCCACUAUCCCAACUGGGUUGUUUGUCAGCGCAAAAGGAGAAGGUUGCUGUUUAAUGCAGAUUGAUGUCCAUUACAAUGUUCCUGACCCAGUGACAAAACCAGCCUUCCAGCUUCUAGUCCAUCUUAAAGAGCCAAGGGCAGAAAGGAAUCGACGGCAGGCUGGACUCCGAGAGAGAGCUCUUCCUGAUGAUGAUGAUCCAGGAUCCCACCAGGACCAUCAGGAAUAUAAAGUGAUACUGGAAGCUUGCACAAGGUGGCUUCAUUCUGGUGCUUCUAAUAUGGCUGUUCUUGAGCUUUCUUUGCUUUCAGGAUUUCGAGCAGAUGUUGAGAGUUUGGAACAGUUGCUCCUCAAUAAACAGAUUGGUCUUAAACGCUAUGAGGUUGAAGGAAGAAAAGUUCUCUUCUAUUUUGAUGAGAUACCAAGCCAAUGUAUGACAUGUGUAAAGAUGCAAGCAUUCAGGGAAUAUGUUGUGGGAAAAACUGCACCUGUUCCAGUAAAAAUCUAUGACUACUAUGAGCCAACAUUUGAAGCUACCAGGUUCUACAAUGCAAGCGAGAACAGCCCAUUGUCUAGAGAGUUGUGUGAUGGUACCACGUGUAAUGAAGUGGAGAGCACUGCAAAUCAGUGGACAGGAUUUAUACCUUCUGGUCCUUGCAAUGGUGGGUAUUUCUGCCCUGAAGAGGAACGUUUUGAGCGGUGCAUGUGCUACCGAGAUUGUGGAUAUGAUGGUGAACCUGUCUGUGGAUCUGAUGGUGUAAUUUAUCAAAACCAGUGUCAGAUGGAAGUUGCAGGCUGCAGAAAUAACACCAGAAUAGAGCAAGUGGCAAUGUCACAGUGUGUACCAGAAGAAAAUACUUCAGAAGAGGAAACUGACAGUGUUACAUUACCAGAGCCAUUUCAAGAGAAAACUGCAGAAGAAGAGGUACCCAUUCACCAGUCAGAGGAUUCCUAUUACUCCUAUGAGUAUGAAGCAGAUCCUUAUGGCUCUGAGAAUGAAGAUGGUCUUGAAAUUGCAGUGCAUCUCACAACAGUGGCAAAUGUAGCCGAGGACACAGCUGAUACGUUCUCGACCACAGAA